ACACGCUUUCUCAAGAAUCAGGAAGAAGUCGCAUUUCUACUUUUCUUCCAUCACCGUCAUUCUUUCAACGAACUUCCCGACCUGAGCAGUCCCGCCGGCGGCCGUGGAUCGUCGGGGAAACGGUAGACGAAAUUAUGCAACCACUGUUCAGAUUGACGCGCCGCUGCAUCCGCCUCCCUCUCUUCCGGCGCGCCUCCUCUUCUAGAAAUCCCGAAACUCUUCCCGAACCCCUAAUCCACGUCAAAAAUUCCUCCCAGAAUGUUCCUUCCUCACCUUCUCUGCAUCGGAACAACUAUCCUGCGCUUAUUCGAUCACCAUUACUUUCCAAGACCUCCUUAAUCGCUGCCGUCUCCGCUGCCAGCCUCCUCGCUGCCUACGCCGUGUCCAAGGUCGACUAUGAUUGGGAACACUCCGCAAAGUCGAAGGCAAUCUAUUCGGAAGUUGAGGCGGCGGUCGAGAAGUCUAAUGAAUCGAUUAACAAGAUUGCGAAUAAGAUGAAGCAUACCGGCGUAGCAGCCUCCGUUCUAUGGCAGUCGUUGAGAUCGGUGUUGUCUUCCGCGAACCACGAGGUUAGGGUAGGUUUCGAGCUGCGAGUGGCGGCGUUCUUGGCUGACAUUGUAGCGGCUAGCGAUAGCCGAAGAGCUGCCAUUGUUGGUGCAGGUGGAGGUGCAGUGGUGGACUGGUUGUUGGAAACUGUGGCAAGGCCUAAGGAUGUCAAUGGAACCCAGGCUGAGUCUGCAAGAGCCUUGGCGUACUUAAUUGCGGAUCCGAAUGUGUGUGAGGCUGUUUUAGGACGGCCACAAGCUGUUCCGAAUUUCUUAAGGUUUAUUUUCUCUGCUCAACCUCGGCGAUCAAAGAAACAAUCCAAACCUAGUUCAUUUCAACGUUCUGAAAAAGGCAAAAGCAUGCUUGUAGCGGCAAUUAUGGAUAUUGUCACUUCCAACUGUCACAGUGUGGAGAAGUUUCUAUAUAAACCCUUGUUACCAAAAAAUGCUGAAAUAAGAGAUAUUGCUGCAGCCAUAGAAGUUGUGGAAGAAGGCGGCAUGCAUUGGGAUGAGCAGCAAGAGGACGCAGAUGAUGAUGACGGUGGAAAAGGAAUGAAGGGUAUUGGAAUCAAGGUUCUGGGAGGCACAACAGUGCUGGGGAUGUCAGGAACUGGUGGAUAUGCUGAUGUAGAUUAUUCUGAUUCCUAUAACUCAAAUCUUGCUAACAAAGCACCAAGAGAUGUGCUAUUCGACAGAAUGGUUGAAAGCUCCCCCACCCAAUCAAAUUUGACUUCUUCUGUAGUUCCUGGCCUUUGGGAUGAUUUGCACUCUGAACAUGUGGCAGUUCCAUUUGCUGCUUGGGCAUUAGCGAAUUGGGCUAUGGCUUCAGAAGAUAAUAGAUCUCAUAUUCAAGAAUUGGAUAAGGAUGGGCAUGCAGUUAUGAGUGCAUUGAUGGCACCUGAGAGAUCAGUAAAAUGGCAUGGGAGUUGGUUGGCUCAGUUGCUUUUAGAGGACCGCAAUUUGCCUUUGAGUGAUUCUGUUUCAGACUGGAGUUCUAGUCUUCUUUCAACUGUUUCUCAAGCUUGUCGAACUCAGGACAUACCAUUGGCUCAAGCGGCUUUGUCUGCACUAUUAGUUUCUCUUGAGAGAUGCCCUGAAGCUCAAGACGUUUUUGUGGAUAAAGGGCUUCAUUCAAUGAGAGAAGCAGCUAAACAGACGGUAAAGCAUAAAUCUGUCCAAGAAUCAUUAGCGAAAGCUUUAGAACUAAUCAGUUCUAAUGGACUUCAUAUGUCUCUUGAAGAUAGCCAAAAAUGGUCUGCAAUUCUACUUUCUUGGAUUUUUAACAAAGUGUCAUCUGACACACUCCGUUUGUCAGCUAUUAAUAUUCUUUCACACAUCCUAGAAGAUUAUGGGCCAUCAUCCAUUCCCAUGUCUCAAGGAUGGUUGACCGUCUUAUUGACAGAUACCCUGAAAUGCAAGAAGGAAAGUUUAACAAAAGGUAGCAAUCAGCCAACCAGUGAUAAAGUUAAGACACAAAUUGAUCUUGCCAAUGUUGUUUCUGCAACUCAAACUGCAAAUCAAUUAGUCAGUGCUGUUGUUAAUUUAGCAGGAGCACAAAUGGGGCCUGCAAAUGAAAGCUCCAAUUCCCUUCCACUAGCUGACCUCCUCUCCCUUGAACCCUUUAUGGAAUCAUACAAAAAUGUUAAGAAGGACAAGCCACCAUUGAUAACUGCUGCUGAUUCUGCAUUUGCCACUCUUAAAGGCAUCAAAUCACUGACAGAAAUUUGUGCUGAAGAUUCGUUGUGUCAACAAAGAAUAGCAGACUUUGGAGUUCUCUGUUUACUUAAACGCUUUUUGUUGGAAGAUGAUUACGAGCAACUAGCUGCAAUUGAAGCAUACGAUGCAUCACGAGCUCUGGAUGCACAACAGAGGGUGACAUCUUCCUCCGGGGAUUCUUCUGUUGAUGAUACUUAUGGCCCUUCCAAUUUAAGGGUUCCAGCCACUGCUCACAUUCGGAGGCAUGCAGCACGGCUUCUUACUGUUAUUUCUGUUUUGCCAAAAGUUCAAAAGGCAAUUGUGGAAGAUAAAUCUUUGUCUGGAUGGCUUGAGGAAUGUGCUAGAGGAAAGAUUCCUGGUUGCAGUGACGCUAAAACUCAGAGUUAUGCAAGGGCAACACUACUGAAUGCAUUCUGUAAUGAUCCUGCCAGUUGGAGGUCUGAAAGUGAUGUUUCAGACAGUGGUUUGUUGAAAAGUCUACGAAAUUGCCCUCGCUAUUCUGACAUGAUAUUUUUAAUCAACCCUGAUCUUCCUCAUUGGAACUGUAUGGAACAGAGAAUCUCAAACACUGUUGGUAAUCCUCCAGUUGAUGAUGAUUCUUCUGAGAGGUCGUUGACGGGAGCUGUGAAGAAUGAUCAUCCUUCUUCUUCUACUUCUGGAACUGAAAACUUCUCAAAUAUUCCUCCAUUGGAUGUUGUUUUUGUCCAUGGCCUACGUGGAGGCCCAUUCAAAACCUGGCGAGUAUCAGAGGACAAGUCGUCAACAAAGUCUGGCCUUGUUGAGAAAAUUGAUGAAGAAGCAGGCAAACGAGGAACGUUUUGGCCUGGAGAAUGGCUUGCAGCUGACUUUCCUCAUGCUCGCUUAUUCAGUAUUAAGUACAAGACAAACUUGACUCAGUGGUCUGGAGCCAGUCUUCCUCUUCAGGAAGUGAGCUCUAUGUUGUUGGAUAAACUUGUUGCCGCAGGAAUUGGGGAUCGACCUGUAGUAUUUGUAACACAUAGCUUGGGAGGCCUGGUUGUCAAGCAGAUGCUGUACAAAGCAAAAGCUGAAAAGAAGGAUAAUUUUGUCAGAAACACUGUUGGAAUCGUCUUUUAUAGUUGCCCACAUUUUGGUAGCAAGCUUGCUGACAUGCCUUGGCGCAUGGGCUUUGUGUUGCGGCCUGCUCCCACUAUAGGAGAGUUGAGGAGCGGAUCACCACGGUUAGUGGAGCUCAAUGAUUUUAUUCGUCAACUUUACAAGAAAAAUAUGAUUGACGUACUCAGUUUUUGUGAGACAAAGGUAACUCCAAUUGUUGAAGGCUACGGAGGAUGGGCCCUCCGGAUGGAAAUUGUACCCAUGGAGUCAGCGUAUCCAGGAUAUGGCGAACUUGUUGUCUUGGACUCCACAGACCAUGUAAACUCUUGCAAGCCUGUAAGCCGGGCAGAUUCACCCUAUAAAGAUACUCUUGAGUUUCUGCAAAAACUGAAGUCUCAUUUAACCGGAGAAGAUUAACUGCACAAUUAGAUAUUGCCCAGUUUCUAGAACGAGCUUUAUUAGUGACGGCACGAAGCAUAGUUGGAAGUCUGACUGUUUUGAGUACUUUCGACAUUCAUUCAGUGUCAAUACAGCUCCCCGGAGUGCUGCUUUCCCUUUUGAUUUUAGAACUUAGAAACAGCAAACAAAAUAUUACACCGUAUAGAGUCACAAAGCUUCAGUGAUAUAAUGCAGUCAUGUUCUUCCUUAGCUGCAGAUAUCGAAGCCCCUACUCACAAAAUAGCUUUGUAUGUAGACUUUUCCUUAUUAUUUGUCUGGAAGUUUUUCCGACUGCUGAUCAUACAUUCACCAGUAAAGAAAGAAAUGUGAUAGAUACUAUUAUUGUAUGAACUUA